UUAAAAUCUGUUAAUUUACUCCUGUUUCUAUUCGCCUCCCUCGGUUAUUCUCCAUCGCAGUAGACACCAGCGUCGUGGGUUGGGCCGAUCUGUGGAGACGAGCGCUCUGGAGCACGUGACCAGGGUAGAAAAAAGGCUCGGUUGAUAAGUGCGCUCCUGCUCCCGAGCAGCGAGACUCGGCCAGCUGCUGUCCACGCAAGGUGCGCUCACUGCUGGAGGAGAGGCGCAACAAGACAGGGACCGGCCACUUUGUUUCGCUUUGUCGUGCUGUUUAACAUUUUGUUUAUAAUUCGGAAAAUUACAAUUGGAAAUGUUUCUACAACAUUUCACUCACUCAAAUCGUUUUAGCGCCAGAGUUGGAGUGAAGGAUAGUCCGCUGUUCGUUUGAGGAGUUUCUGUGGAUCUGGGAAGAUAAUGUGAGACACAGCCAUGAAAUCUGUGCUUGAUGGUGUGGCAGACACCACCUUCCGGACUAUCACCUCGGGUUUGCAAUAUCUGGGCUCCAACGACGCCAAGUAUGACGACCCCACCAUCCACGCCGACUUCAUUAAGGGCGCCUUCGGUAUGCAGAAGCCCUCGUCCGCCUUCCGCAGCCACACGUUCCCCGACAAAGUACCUGCGGACGAAGAUCUCAUCCUCAAGGGCAUGUUGCCCUACCCUACCAACGCCACGGAGCUGCUUGGCAACAGGAGCGUCUUCGGCGAGGACGGCGACACCAUGCGCUGCAGCGAGAACUUCAUGGACAUGGAGUGCUUCAUGAUCCUGACGCCCAGCCAGCAGCUGGCCGUGGCCGUCAUGUCUCUGACGCUGGGCACCUUCACCGUUCUGGAGAACCUGGUGGUGCUCUGCGUCAUCUUCCAGUCCCGCACCCUCCGCUGCCGGCCCUCCUACCACUUCAUCGGCAGCCUGGCCGUGGCCGACCUGCUGGGCAGCGUCAUCUUCGUCUACAGCUUCCUGGACUUCCACGUGUUCCACCGGAAGGACAGCACCAACGUGUUCCUCUUCAAGCUGGGCGGGGUCAUCGCCUCCUUCACGGCCUCCGUGGGGAGCCUGUUCCUGACGGCCAUCGACCGCUACAUCUCCAUCCACCGGCCGCUGUCCUACCGGCGCAUCGUGACGCGCACCAAGGCGGUGAUCGCCUUCUGCGUGAUGUGGACCAUCUCCAUCGUCAUCGCCGUGCUGCCCCUGCUGGGCUGGAACUGCAAGCGGCUCAACACCGUGUGCUCCAACAUCUUCCCCCUGAUCGACAAGAACUACCUGAUGUUCUGGAUCGGCGUGACCAGCGUGCUGGUGCUCUUCAUCAUCUACGCCUACAUGUUCAUCCUGUGGAAGGCGCACAACCACGCCGUGCGCAUGCUGAGCCGCAGCUCCCAGAAGAGCCUGGUGGUGUACUCGGCCGACGGGACUAAGGUGCAGAGCACCAGGCCCGAGCAGACCCGCAUGGACAUCCGGCUGGCCAAGACGCUGGUGCUCAUCCUGGCCGUGCUGGUGAUCUGCUGGGGGCCCGUGCUGGCCAUCAUGGUGUACGACCUCUUCUGGAAGAUGGACGACGACUUUAAGACGGUGUUUGCGUUCGCCACCAUGCUGUGCCUGCUCAACUCCAUGGUCAACCCGGUGAUCUACGCGCUGAGGAGCAAGGACCUGCGCCACGCCUUCCUCAGCUCCUGCCACGCCUGCAGGGGCACCGGGCAGCAGCUGGACAACAGCCUGGAGUCCGACUGCCAGAGCCGCAACACACACUUGGCCGCCCACAGGGCGGCCGAGAGUUGCGUGAAGAGCACUGUGAAAAUAGCCAAAGUGACCAUCUCCGUGUCGAGUGAGACUUCCGCCGCGCCUGUCUAGUCGGGCUCUCUGAUGGGAUGGAUGGGUGAAGGGGGGUCGGCACCUCCAACCAUUGAGGCAUUGAGCACGCACUUAGAAAAGAACGAUCCAGAAGAAAGGUUUGACAGAAUUUCCUCUCCUGCGUCUAGCUAUAGUGGUGAACUAAUUAUUUAUGUUAUGUUAAUGUGCCAGUGUAUUGUGUAGUGUUUCAGUGCCAAAGUGCCAAAUGGUAGUGAGAGGAAUUGGUAAGGACUGAGGAUAUGAAGAACUACAAGACAACCAUUAGUCUUUUUCUACCACAGACGUCAUGGAUUCCGAUUAAUGAAGGCAUAUAUUAUAUUUUUGUAUUGUAAAUUCUAAAUCAAUAUAUCUUCAUUUAUGGGAUAAGGGGCUACUGACAUUUUUAUUCGUGGAUAUUCGAUUCUGUCACUCAUGUCAAUGUGCGCGCUGCACAAGAAGGAGAGCAGAUUAUUGCCCCUUGUUGCUUGAGGAUAUGUGUGAGUCAUAUCAUUUCUUGAGAAAAACGACAACAAAUUUUAGUCUGUUUUUCUUUAAUUAUUGUAUUAUUCACGUAUCUUCUUUUAUUUUUAUUUUAUUCAACACAAUCAUUCGUCCCUUGAUUAUUGUCAACUGUAUGAAGAUAAUUGAAGGGUCACUCUGCUGGUGAACAAUCUGUAGAAUAGCUUUUUUCUAAACUUUGCUGAAUAAAACUUCAAAGUAAAAGUAAGGCGCAACUAUAACAACCCAAAAAAUAUACAGAAAAAUCCUACAUCUAUGUUAAGAUUCUAUAUUGUCCACUUCUUUACUCUCUAGUAGGUGGAACAUUCUAGUAAUGCGUCUUUGUUCAAAUGUUUAGCUAAAAAUUGUACAGUGUUUCUUGUGAUAAGAAAAACGUGAAACAAUAAAAACAAAUGUUACAUUUGAACGGCACAUUAAAUAAUAUUGCUAGCUUUCGCCUUAAGGCUGGACUCAGAGUGCUGGACACUGCUGUUGAAUAAAGAGGUUUUGUCUGAAUAUAGCUGCUUUCUUCAAGUGUUUUGACUUGGAUUAAGCCUUGUAUGUUUGUGAAACUAUGUGACUUAAGUAAUUCCCCCACAAGCCUUUUGACAAUUGCAGUUGAGUUGUUUUUGUGGUAGCCUCCUCUCAAUGGGAUAAAUGAAAACAACCGAUUCACAAAGGUUUAGUGAAAUGCUUUUUAUGUAACUUCAAAUAAGGCACGUCUGCUGUGAAAUUGAAAGCAAAGCAAAGCCAAUUCAUUAGCUGGUAAGCGGAUGGUCAUUAUGUGUGCAUUUAUUGAAAUCAACUGAUGAUCCCAUCGAAGCAAUUGGGGAAUAGUGAUUUUCUAGUUGAUUGUGUAAUACUUUUGAUCUGUACAUCUCACAGCACAAUUGUUCUGUAGUCAAUUAUCUUGAUGUAAGCUAACCAGACAGCUAUCUAUCAGUAUGCUUUGCUGCCUCUUGUAUUAUUGAGUAUUCAAGAUCAAAAUGUCGAUUGUCAAGUGGCUUCUGUGCAAUGGUGGCAUAACAAAGGACUACAAUAAAAGAAACGAGUCUCUUUUGUCUUGAUGUUUUUGAGAUCGUGAAAAUAAAGACAAAGAUGGUUGACUUUA